AUGGAUUUUAUCAAGGACAAACCAUUGUCAUCAUGUAUUAAGAAAUUGUCCAUGGACGAUGUUGGUGUUGUUAGGAUUGGUGAGAAUAAGCAUGAUCCAGCUAAUGAUAUUGACCAGGGAUUUAAUGAAUUUGAUGAGGCAGCUAAUGACUUUGAUCUUGGGUUGUACCAACAGAUUUUACAGUCGAAUUCUACAGUUAAUAUGGAAGUCAAUGAAGAGAAUGUAGAUGAUGAGGUCAAUGAAGGUGAGGACAAUGUAGUUAAUAUGAAAUUUGAUGAGGUAGCUAAUGAAUUUGAUCUUGAGUUGUACCAACAUAUUUUACAGUCUAAUUUUGCAGUUAAUAUGGAAGUCAAUGAACAUAAUGUAGAUAAUGAGGUCCAUGAAGGUGAGGACAAUGCAGUUAAUAUGGAAGUCACUAAAGAACUCAAUGAAAUGAAUAAAUUCAUUGAAUUCAUUGAAAUGAACGAAAUCAAUGAAGAGAAUGUAGAUGUUGAGGUCCAUGAAAUUAAGGAAAAUGUAGAGAUAAGAGAUUUUGCAGUUGAUGAUGAAAUUAAAGAUGAAGAUAAGACAGAGACUAAUGAAUAG